AUGGAUUCCCACUGGACUACCUUCAAAUUCCGAGAUACCGACAUUGCUCUCUGCGACGUUACCGAAGCCCUGAACAAAGGAGUCCACAACUUGGUUAUUGCAAAGCCAGCCUCAACGAGAGCGAAAAAUCGAUGGAAUCUGAUCAACGUGGAGACAGGAAAGAUCGCUAUAAUCAAUCAUGCCUUUGUUUGGGCAUGGGGCUCGCCACCCUACACGGGUAACUUUGUUCCAGAAGGUGUUGUAACUCCAACAGGUCUGCCAGAGGGAAGAAUGCUCCCGUCCUAUCAAUGUGAGAUAUCAUAUGCGUUCAAUACAUCGAACGACAAGUCUCUCUACGAGGGGUUGGCGGCUCUUGAGAAAUACAUCAUUACCGUUCCCGAUUUUAAUCCAAACGGCAAGGCGAAGUCUACCUGGCAAAGCCUAGAAAACAACGACACUAAUCACCGAUACAUCGCGUCUGCCAAGCUGUUUGUGAAGAGGACGAAGGAUAACGCACCACAGAACGGAAAAUACAAGGUUCCCUACACCGUGCAUCCCUGGAUCGAGCAAUCGAUGGACCCAGCUACUACCCGCCUCGUCCCCAACAAGGACCGUCCUCGGUACUUCUGUCUUGUGGAUGAGAGGUUGAAGAAGCUGGAAGACGUUGAACCACGACAAUUCCAGAAGGACGACGUGAUCUGGAUGAGCUUCUAUGUUUCCUUUAACAUACGCUCGAGCUCGUGGUCUGUAGAGAUCACACCUUUGGAAUUGGUUCGUGUCGGUCAUCUUCUCGAUUCGGAAGCCGGGGAUGGUUAUGCCGAUGUUCCUGAACUCAACUAUCAGCCUAUCGAAGAGUUGAUGGAUAUUGACAUACCGUCAGAUAAACCGGAGAAAAGAAAGAGGGGCUAUAGUUCUGACGGGGAAGAGUCAAAGACACCGAAGGCAUUCGUUCAUCAUGAGAACGACGAUAUGGAGAUCGAAGAGGACAGUCCAGCGACGGAGCAGAUCGUUGAUGGGAUUGGUCCUAAGGUGUCGAGGAGUAGGAGGGUUAGAGGAGAGUCGAAGCAACCUUUCCGAGAGUGGGCUACCUGGAUAGACGCUAAAGAACAACAAUGA